GCGCGGACUCCGAGUGCGGCGGGUCGGUAGCGGGGACCCGCAGCAUCUGUCAGUCAUGACGGCGGCGGCGCCUUCGCAGCAGCGGCCCCCGGCGGCCCGGGCCCGGAACCUGCCCUGGGUUGAGAAGUACCGGCCACAGACCCUGGCCGAUCUCAUUUCUCACCAGGACAUUCUGAGUACCAUUCAGAAGUUCAUCAGUGAAGACCGCCUGCCACACCUACUUCUCUAUGGCCCUCCAGGGACAGGGAAGACAUCCACCAUCCUAGCCUGUGCCAAGCAACUGUACAAAGAUAAAGAAUUCGGCUCCAUGGUCUUGGAGCUGAAUGCUUCUGACGACCGAGGGAUCGAUAUCGUUCGAGGGCCAAUCCUCAGCUUUGCCAGCACAAGGACAAUCUUCAAGAAAGGUUUUAAGCUUGUGAUCCUGGACGAAGCCGACGCCAUGACUCAGGAUGCCCAGAAUGCCUUGAGAAGAGUGAUUGAGAAGUUCACAGAAAACACCAGGUUCUGCCUCAUCUGUAACUACCUGUCCAAGAUCAUCCCUGCAUUGCAGUCACGGUGCACGAGGUUCCGAUUUGGCCCUCUGACACCUGAGCUCAUGGUCCCUCGACUGGAACAUGUAGUACAAGAAGAGAAUGUGGAUAUAAGUGAAGAUGGAAUGAAGGCCCUUGUCACUCUGUCCAGUGGGGACAUGCGAAGGGCUUUGAACAUCCUGCAGAGUACCAAUAUGGCCUUUGGAAAGGUGACAGAGGAGACUGUCUACACCUGCACCGGACACCCACUCAAGACGGACAUUGCCAAUAUACUGGACUGGAUGCUCAAUCAGGACUUCACCACCGCCUACAAAAACAUCAUGGAGCUGAAGACUCUCAAGGGCUUGGCGCUGCAUGACAUCCUGACCGAGGUUCACUUGUUUGUGCACAGAGUUGACUUUCCAUCUUCAGUUCGGAUACACUUAUUGACCAAAAUGGCAGACAUUGAGUACAGACUUUCUGUUGGCACCAGUGAGAAGAUACAGCUGAGCUCCCUCAUCGCCGCUUUUCAAGUCACCAGAGACCUGAUAGUUGCAGAGGCCUAGAAGCUCCGAGGCCUGGCCCCUGGGUGACUGGAGGACAGAGGGCAUGCUGCCCUGGACCACUGGAUAAACCCAGUCACAGAAGUCUCUCUGCAGGCAUUUAGGUACUGCUCUCUGUGGCUGUUUGGAGCAGGAAUCUACAGAGCAACUUUAAUCGACACUGCUUGUCUUUGCCCCUUUACUAUCAAUCACUGGGAUGACAAAUUGGCUGCAGUGUAAUACAGAAGCUGAGUAUG